CGCAGCAGAAGGCUGCCUGCCAGCUGCCAUUACAGCAAAGAAGAAGAAGCAGGGGAAAAAAAAGAAUAGCCUAACUGACGGAGAAGGUCUAAACGUGUAGUUUGUGUUUGAUGAAUUACUGCACAUUUACGUCGUAAACCUGUAGUUUGUGUUAGCGCAUACAUGUACACAUUCAUGGCGUAGAAUAGAUUCAACCUUGUUAGUUGUAUUCGGACACGUCAGUCUGAACAUCUCUUGCUAGCUUAGCUUGCUAUUUAGCUUAGCUUGUUAGCUGCUAAAGUAAUCAAAACAUCGCCUAGGAAACAUCAAAUGUCAGCCUAAGGUGUUGGCUUUGUGUGAACAUGUCAGCCUAAAGUCUUGGCAUUGUGUGAAGAUGUGUGAAAGAAGGAUGGCAAAGUACGAGGCGGAAGUUUGUCCAACAAAAGAGGAGAAAGAUCAACUCCUGGACGCUGUCUUCCAAAAACAUCAACACACAACAGCACCCAGCAUUGUCCCACCCACACAACCAUCUGAUUGGUUACAAUGAUAGCGGUAACAGCCAAUCAGCAGUUGGUAUUCAGAGCAGUAACAGCAAAUCAGCAGUGCGUACUCAGAGCGCAUGGAGUCAGUGCUUCUGCGGUGGGGUUAGCAGAUAGGUGUUUAGCAGCUCAGCAUUUAACACAAUAAGGCCAAACAGACUCAGAUCUAAGCAUCACAACCUUGGUCUGAACACCUUCCUCUGCAACUGGAUUUUGGACUUUUUAACAAAUCGCACACAGUACGUGAAAAUAGAUGUCCAACAGGCUCACCUCAUGAAUGAAGAAGAGGAGGAGCCACACUCCCCCCACAUCAAGGAGGAAGAGGAGGACGUGUGGAUCAGUCAGGAGGAGGCCGAUCUCAGCAAGUUUCCCCUGACUCUUGUGUCUGUGAAGACUGAAGACAAAACACCUGAGUCCUCCCAGCUUCAUCACAGUCCAGACAUCCAGCAGAUGAUCGGACUUGAAGAACAACAUGAGGAUUCACAGCCAGACCAUUUUCAAGACGGACAGAAUGAUCCACAUUUGAAAAAGGAAGAGGGGGAGCCACUGUCCCCACAUAUAAAAGAGGAAGAGGAGCAUCCACAGUCCCCAAGUGUUAAAGUGGAAGAGGAGGAGCCACAGGCAUCCUGUGUUAAAGAGGAAGAGGAGGAAGUGUGGAUCAGUCAGUGUCUUGUAGGCCAGGAGGAGGCUGAUCUCUGCUAUUUUCCACUGACUGUGAAGACUGGAGACCAUGGAGAGAAACCACCUGAGUCCUCCCAGCUUCAGGAGAGCAAGGCCUUGGAAGCUUCAAGCUGCAUGACCCCAGAAGCUGACGGAGGAUCACCAGCAGACCAGACGUUCGCGCCACUGUCAGAUAGCGACGACGCCGCCCCACACCUGAACAUAAAGAUGGGAUCACACAGGAGAACACACAGAGGGGAAAAACCCUUUAGUUGUUCAGUUUGUGGUAGAGGAUUCUCUGACAAAAGUAAUAUGAAAUCACACAUGAAAACACACACAGGAGAAAAACCCUUCAGUUGUUCAGUUUGCGGUAAAUUGUUCUCGAACAAACGCAAUAUGCUCAUACACAUGAGAAAGUACACGGGAGAAAAACCCUUCAGUUGUCCAGCGUGCAGUAAAACAUUUUCCAGCAAAAGUAUUUUGGCCGGACACAUGGGAACGCACACGGGAGAAAAACCUUUCGGUUGUCCAGUCUGCGGUAACGCAUUUUCUCGGAAGGCUCACCUGAAGAAUCACCUGAGAACACACACGGGAGAAAAACAAUUCAGUUGUUCGGUUUGCUGCAAAAGAUUCUCUUCCAAAAGUAAUUUGAACUCGCACAUGAAAACACACUCCGUAGAAAAGCCCUUCGCUUGUGUCGUCUGUAGGAAAGGCUUUGCCGUCAAAUAUAAUUUAGCUCGACAUAUGAGAGUACACACGGAAUAAAAACAUGUCCGUUCUCUUCUAAAAGUAAUGUGAACUCUCACACUCGAGAAAACCUGUUGCUUGUUCAGUUUUGCAGAAGGGUUUGUUGUAAAACCCUGUUUGACUUUCCAUGUGAGAAUACACACAGGAGAAAAACCUCGUGGCUGCUCAAUGUGCGGCUAGAAACCGAUGGAGUAAGGUCAUUAGCAAAUACAAAAGUACAAAUGAAGUAGAACAAUAGUACCUUUUAUGUAAACACUUUCCAAGGUUACAACGACAGGGUUUGUCCCUUUUUAGGCUCGUGUGGUUUGAGUUUUGGUUUAUUUUCUUGUAAGUUGCUCGGUUUUUUCUUUUUUGUUUUAAAUGUCUUUUCCGUUCGUCACACAUUUCAAUUGUACUGAUUUGCAAAGAACCAUUAUUUUGUUCUUCCGGUGCACUAGCAGAGGUUUUGUUAGUUUGGGAGGUUCUACAGCUGGCUUUGUUUUGUAUCGUUUUAUUGUCUGUUAGUCCUGGAUGUACGGCACGGUUCUGACAUCUUGAAUGUCAGCCUGGUGACUAAGAUCCUCAGAACAGAUGCUGGUGUAGGACCAUCCUUUCCAUGCAUUAAAGGCCGACUGAAAUGAGAUGUUCUUAUUAAAACGGGGAUAGCAGGUCCAUUCUAUGUGUCAUACUUGAUCAUUUCGCGAUAUUGCCAUAUUUUUGCUGAAAGGAUUUAGUAGAGAACAUCCACGAUAAAGUUCGCAACUUUUCGUCGCUAAUAAAAAAGCCUUGCCUGUACCGGAAGCAGCAGACGAUGUGCGCGUGACGUCACGGGUUGUGGAGCUCCUCACAUCUGAACAUUGUUUACAAUCUUUGCCACCAGCAGUGAGAGCGAUUCAGACCGAGAAAGCGACGAUUUCCCCAUUAAUUUGAGCAAGGAUGAAUGAUUCGUGGAUGAGGAAAGUGAGAGUGAAGGACUAGAAAAAAAAAAUACAAUACACCGCCUCCCACCUACAGCUUUCUUCUUUGACGUCUCCAUUAUUCAUUGAACAAAUUGCAAAAGAUUCAGGGACACAGAUGUCCAGAAUACUGUGGAAUUAUGCGACGAAAACAGACGACAUAUAAAUGUGAACGAUGCUGGAACAAAAUGUUCUCUACAAUGUGUGACGUCGAGCGCACGCGUCAUCAUACCGCGACGUUUUAGCAUGAUACUUCCGCGCAAAAUUUAAAAUUGCAAUAUAAUGAACUAAACUGUCCGUAUUGGCAUGUGUUGCAAUGUUAAUAUUUCAUCAUUGAUAUAUAAACUAUCAGACUGCGUGGUCGCUAGUAGUGGGUUUCAGUAGGCCUUUAAAAGAGGGAUUUCUCAAAUUAUUCUUUCUUCUAUUUUCACGACUGCAUGGGAACUCCUAGAAAGAUUCAUUUAUAAUUGUUUAUCAAAAUGUAACUAUAGAUGUCAACAUUGUGUACGUGCUAAAGGAUUCGUUUAUGAUUGUUGCCUUCGGUAGAAACGUUUAGGUUUUGCUCACAUUUGAUUUCUUCAUUUAGACUUGCUGAGUUGGUGCUUGUAGCCAAGAUAAUGACUUCAAUUGGUAAUAAUAAAAGUUAAAAGUAUAUCAAACCUUUUAAACCUUGGACUGGACUGUGAGCUACUUUCCUCAUCGUCAUACUUGCCAACCUCCGAUUUCGGGAGGUGGGGGUUGGGUUGGGGGCGGGGUCGUGGUUAAGGGGUCAAGUAUUUCAUAUAUAUAUAUAUAUAUAUAUAUAUACACAAUACAUAUAUAUAUAAGAAAUACUUGACUUUCAGUGAAUUCUAGCUAUAUAUAUAUAUAGAUAUAUAUAAAGAAAUACUUGAAUUUCAGUGUUCCUUUAUUUACACAUAUACACACACAUAACACUCAUCUACUCAUUGUUGAGUUAAGGGUUGAAUUGUCCAUCCUUGUUCUAUUCGCUGUCACUAUUUUUCUAACCAUAUGCAUGUACAGUAGAUGGCAGUAUUGUCCUAUAUAAGAGUGUCACGACAUUGCUGUUUACGGCAGACAAACUGCUUUACGGUAGACGAAAACGUGACUGCUGUUGUUGUGUGUUGUUUCCGCGCUGGGAGGAUGGUAAUGAAACUGCCUAACAAUAAACCCACAUAAGAAACCAAGAA